AUGGAGGACCAGGUAGCAAACGCAAUUGAGAUAGCAGGGAAUCCGUCCUCCGACCAGUCGAUCAAAUCGCAAGCCUUCGAAUACCUCAACCGGCUUCGUGCUGAUCCCUCCGGCUGGCAGGUCUGCCUGCCACUGUUUACAAGUACCCCGAGACGUUCAGAUGUCGUGCGCCACGUGGCUUUAGAAGUCAUCAAUAGUGCUACCCAGACUGGACUUGUAGACGCUCAAAGCCUCUGCUUUAUCAAAGAUAGCCUUUUGACGUACCUUCAACAGGCAUAUAGAUCGGAUACGGCCUUGCAACCGGAUCCUGCAAAUAUUCAAAAUAAGAUUGCCCAAACGAUUACGUAUCUCUUUUCUGCGCUCUAUGCAACGGAAUGGAACACGUUUUUUGACGAUAUACUACUCCUGACCUACCGACCAGAAAGUGCGUUACGGGACAACAUUUCGGGAAUUAUUUUUUACCUUCGUGUUAUAAAUUCGAUCCAUGAUGAAAUUGGAGAUGUGCUUGUAUCACGUUCUCGAUCGGAGCAAGACAGGGCCAAUAUACUUAAGGAUCUUAUUCGUGAAAGAGACGUGGAGAAACUCGUUACCUCCUGGCAAGACAUACUUUCUCAAUGGCAAGACCGAAAUGAUUUAAUUACGGAAAUGUGUCUAAAGGCCAUCGGCAGCUGGGUCAGUUGGAUCAAUAUUUCUUUAGUGGUUAACCAGACCAUGUUGGAUUUGUUAUUCCAACAGCUUGCCAAAGCAAAUAAUGUUGACCUCCAACACGGCAGUGAGAAGGUGCGGGAUGCUGCAAUCGAUGUGUUUACAGAAAUUGUUGGCAAGAAGAUGAAGCCUGCGGAUAAAAUUGAUAUGAUCGUUUAUCUGAAUUUGGAAAGUAUAGUUGCUCAACUUACUGCUAGCUCUCCGUUGCAUGAACACCGAUUCACCUCCAAGUAUGACACAGAUCUCGCCGAAACUGUGGCCAAGUUGGUCAAUAUUACUGCAAUCGAUAUAGUCAAGGCGCUUGAUAGUGAGAAUGCCGACGAUGCCACUAAAGAGAAAGCAGAGACUCUCCUAAGAGCCUUUGUUCCCCAUAUAUUACGCUACUUUUCUGACGAGUACGACGAAGUAUGUUCAACUGCCAUUCCCUGCCUCAAUGACCUGCUGUCAUAUUUUCGGAAAGUUGCGAAGAAAAAUCCAGCUGUUAUACCUCAACAGAGCCCAAUGUUAUUACCUAUCCUGAAGGCCAUUAUUCAGAAGAUGCGUUAUGAUGAAACUUCCGAUUGGGGGGCCGAGGAUGAUCAGACAGAUGAAGCAGAAUUUCAGGAUCUGAGGAAAAGACUGAAUGUCCUGCAGCAGGUUAUUGCAGCUACCGAUGAACAGUUAUUUACUGAUGUUGUAAGUGAGGUUGUAAGCACAACAUUCCAAAAUUUACAGCAGUCGGGUGGACAAUUAGACUGGCGUGAUCUUGACCUUGCUUUACACGAAAUGUUUAAUUUUGGCGACAUUGCCAUUCGAUCCGGAGGCCUAUAUACUAAGAAUAAACCCAAUAAUCCAGCAUCAGAACGCUUGGUUGAGAUGGUGCUCAUGAUGGUCGAAUCAGAUAUAAGGUCAUACACCCACCCAGCGACUCAAUUAUUGUUUAUGGAAAUUUGCGUUCGAUACAGCUCUUUUUUUGAACAUCAUACACAGUUCAUACCCGGGGUUUUAGAGGCAUUUCUUCGACUCACUCACCACCAAUCGAUUAAGGUCAAGACGCGAUCAUGGUACCUAUUUCAGCGUCUAGUGAAACAUUUAAAGAAUUAUAUUGGAAACGUUGCUGAAAAUGUUAUUGAAGCAUUACGUGAUCUAUUGGUUAUUCAUGCAGAGAUUCCAGCGGAGGGACCUGAUGGCGAUGACAUGUCUUCUGAAGACCACGAGGGCUCUGCUGAUGCUAUUUUUACCAGCCAACUUUACCUGUUCGAAGCUGUAGGCACUAUCUGCUCGACUUCAUCUAUUCCGGCCGAAAAGCAAGCUCUCUAUGCUCAGUCCAUCAUGAAUCCAAUAUUCAUUGAUAUGGAAAGGAAUCUAGGAGCAGCAAAGUCAAAUGAUGAGCGAGCGCUUCUACAAAUUCACCACGAUAUUAUGGCUCUGGGAAAUCUCGCAAAGGGGUUUUCUGACUGGAUACCAGGUGCCUUGAAUCCUGCUACUCCACCUGCGCCCGAAGUUUCAGAGGCAUUUGGACAAGUAGCGGAGGCAACAUUGGUAGCACUUGAAUCUUUGAAAACUUCAUUUGACGUUAGGUCGGCGGCUCGGUUUGCAUUUUCAAGGAUGAUAGGCGUUCGAGGGUCACGCAAUCUACCACAACUACCACGAUGGAUUGAUGGUCUGCUCUCAGAAACCUCAUCAAAAGACGAAAUGGCUUUGUUCUUACGUCUGUUAGAUCAAGUUAUCUUUGGGUUCAAGACUGAGAUUUAUGGGAUUCUGGAUACGUUACUUACUCCCUUCCUUCAGCGCGUUUUUGCUGGUAUUUCCGAACCAACUACGGGGACGGAUGAUGAAAUUCAGCUUGCGGAGCUAAAACGAGAAUACCUCAAUUUUUUGCUUAUGAUCCUCAACAACGAUCUCGGAACAGUCAUUAUCAGUGCUGCAAACCAACCCAUUUUUGAAACAGUCAUUACCACUAUCGAGCAUUUUGCAAAGGACGUUGAUGAUUUUCCCACUGCAAAAAUGGCAUUUCUCGUUCUAUCCCGCAUGUCGAGUAUGUGGGGAGGCCCAGACAUAGUCCAUCCCUCAGCCUCUACCAAUGGCAGUAUACCUUCACAGCCUGCGUUGCCAGGGUUUACACAUUUUAUGAUUACCCGUUUCUCACCACUUUGUUGGGCAUUACCCAUGAAUUCUUCCUUUAACCCAAAGGAUGCCCAAGCAAAGCACGUACUUGGUGAAGCGGCAACUCUCCAGAAGACAAUUUACUCUAAAACGGGCCCCGAAUAUGUACGGUGGUUAAGGGAGACUGAGCUACCAGGCAUUGGAAUGGGGUUUGACCUUAUAAACGAAUAUGUUGGGUCGUUGGAAACGCAAGAUGUGAAAGGAUUCCGUCAGUUUUUCCAGGCAUUUAUUCAACGUUUUAGCGCAUGA